AAUGAAUUGAAUGAAACGUCAUUUACACAACAAAAUGAAAUCAGAAGUAUAAAAUAAUUAAGAUCAUGUUUUGCAUUUACAAAUAAUAUUUGCAUUUCAUAUCCACGAAAAUUUUUUCAGUUACUUAUUAGGAACACUAAAAAUUUAUCGAAUCAAAAUGGGUUUCUUUGGAAUGACGGAAGAUCCAAUUAGUGAAGAAGUUGAUAAGGCAACGGAUGAAAACAAUACUGAGGAGAAUUGGGGUGAGAUUAUGAAUAUUUGUGAUAAAGCAGGAAAAAAUAAUGAAGACGCAAAAAAAUAUUUAAGAGCAAUAACUAGGAGAUUAUACAAUACUGAUCCACAUAUCGCAAUUCAAGGAGUUGUGCUUCUAGAUGCUUGUGUAAAGAAUUCAGGAAAAACUUUCCAUCUAGAAGUAGCUUCAAGAGAGUUUGAGAAUGAAUUUAUCAAGCUUAUGAGCAAAGCCCACCCCUCUGCAGCAAAAAAACUGAGAGAAUGUUUGAAGAGAUGGUCUGAGGCCGAAUUCAAAAAUGAUAGCAGCUUGAACCUGAUACCUUCCCUCUAUGCAAAAUUAAAGAGGGAAGGAAUGGACUUCUCAAUUCCAACCGAUACACCUAAAAAAUCCGCGCCUUUGAGCAAAGAUCCAAACGUGGUAGAAUCAAAUGAAGAGGAGGAACAAAUUAUGAGGGCGAUCGAACUGUCCCUGAAAGAAUCUUCGGGUUCGCCUAGAAUAUCAGCUAAUACAAAUGCAAGUCUUUAUCCUUCGACAAAUUUGUCUAGUUUGAAUACAACUUCCAUUCAACCAUCGACAUCAGUGCCUACUAAAGAUCCAAUCAAAGUGCAGGCGCUGUAUGACUUUGAGGCAGCCGAGGACAAUGAAUUGACCUUCUGUGCUGGAGAUAUACUUUAUGUGAUAGAUGACUCUGAUCCAAAUUGGUGGAAAGGUACCAGUCAAAAAGGAGGUGAAGGUCUUUUCCCAGCUAAUUUCGUCACUAGCGAUUUGAGUGUGGAACCAGAAAAACUAUUAUACGAGAAAGCCAAAAAAAUAGUGCAGUUCAAGGAGUCUGUGGAUGUUAAAAUUGACAAGGAAUCCGAGGAUAUCGAAAUAAAUGAGGGUAAAAUAGAUAGGCUACUACAUUUGAUGCACGAAGCCGACCCCACGAACCCCGAAAGAGACCCUGAAGAAAUGCUCUUGUUGGAACAGGAAGUUAACUCGAUGGGUCCACUGAUCGAUUCCGAAUUGGAAAGAGUCGACAGGAAACAUGCUCAGCUCACCCAGUUAAGUGCGGAUCUGGUGGAGGCAUUGAGUCUCUAUCAUACCUUGAUGAGGGAGCCGGCCCUGCCUUCCAUUUCUAAAUUGCCCUAUGGUUAUCCCACAAGUAGUCCGUCUUUCAAUGGGCACCAACCACUUCCUAUGAUGGGACCCCCUAUAGGUCCAAAUAAUCUACCUCCAGGGAUGAACCGGCCUCCUUAUAUGCACUAUGGGCCUCCCAUGGGUAUGCAAGGAAUGAUUCCUCCGCAGCACAUGGGGCCAAUGCAAGGUGGACCGGGUACCUCUGCCGGCCCUAUUCCGGGUCAAAUGAUGCCAAAUACAAAUGAGGAAAGGAAUCAAGAUCCCAACAUGAUGCAAUAUGGAAUGCAAAACUAUAGAGUACCUGGAUCAAUACCCCCAAAUUACCAACUUGGAGCACCUAUGAGCUCACACACUAUCAUCCCAAAUAAUAGCCAACAACCAGGACCUCACUACAACGCAAAUAACAAUAGCCAUAGGAUGUAGCCCCCUACAGCCUUCUACCAUUUGUUAUUACAAGUUUAUCAUGUGAUGAUAAUAUUUUUAUCUGAAACUAUUAAAGUCUGUAAAACAACACUGUACUUUUGCUUAAAUUGAGAAUAUGUUUAUUGUUAUCAUUAUAAAUAGUCAAUGCCUUCUAUCAUGUUAAGGAAUGUAGUAUUAGGCUGAGAUUUUGAUAAUAUUCAAAGAGAAUUUGUAUAUUUGAAAGGUUUGGUUCACAGAAAUUGUGUUAUAUUUUAGAUUUAAGAAGAUAUAGACUUGAUGUAAUAUAUAAAUAUUUAAUAAAUUUACUUUUGAACAAACGAA